AUGCUCACGAGGACAUCAUCCGCUGUAUCGCCGCACUGCCCCCCAGCAGCAGCAGCAGCAGCAGCAAUAGCACCAACAGCAGCAACAGGUUUGUGAGUGUGUCUAACGACCGGCGGAUAAAGCUGUGGGGAGGAGACGGCCAGUGUUUAACAACGAAGGAAGAUGCCCAUGAGGCAUUUAUAUUUACCUGCCGCCCUGGCUAUCUGUACACAGCAGGAGACGAUGGUCUCUGCUGCCUGUGGCAGCUGCCCGAGUCAGCGGAUGCUGCUGCGCCAUCUAUCUCCUCGCUGCAGCAACUGCAGCAUCCCGCUACUGUCUGGCAGGUUUUGGAGCUGCCAACAGGCGACGUGGCGACGGCCUGUGAAGAUGGAGCCCUGCGUGUAUGGACAGCAGAUGAAGCGCGGGCGCUGCCGGCUGAUGUCAUUGCUGCAGCAAAAGCAGAGGCUGAGGCUGUAAGUCCACAUGCUGUACAGCAGCUGCAGCAGCCAUCGCAGCAGCAGCAGGAGCAAUACAAGGAGCAGCAAUAUGUGAAGGAGCAGGAGGACCGAAAUGGAUCGCUUGUUCUCUGUCUAGUAGCCAUUCAUAAUGCCAAGACAAGAGCAGAAGCACCAGCAACAGCAGGAGCAACGGAAACCCAAGCAGUAGCAGCUGCUGCCGCAAUAGCAGCAAUAGCAGCAUUUUGCAUUGUGUGCUGCAGGCAGCGGGCAAGGACACGGAAGAAAGAGGAGAGGCGUUGGAUUUGCAAAAGUUGCCAACUGAAGCAGAGCUUAAGGCUCCCUGAGAACAGCAGCAGCAUCAGGAGCUGCAGCAACAGCAGCGUACGAGGGGACGAGGCGGUUGUCUUUGUGUGGCAGCAGCAGCAGCAGAAGUGGGAGUUCGUGGGGAUGGCGUUAAACCCUAUAAAGAAUACAAGAGAGAGAACCAAACAAAAAACGUACUUCCCUGGAGACCAGUUCUUUGCUGCAGGGGAGUACGACUUUGUGUUUGACGUGGAGAUUGGAGACGAGGGCACAUACAAGAAGCUUCCCUUCAACCGCGGGGAGAAUCCGCUGGUGGUCAGCGAGAAGUUUGCUGCUAGGGAGGGGUUACACAAGACAUACUUGCCGCAGAUUGUCUCCUUCAUCAAUACAAACACCGGCGGAGCUGGAGGGGCUGUCUCCUCAGCCAGCGCAGGAGGGACAGCAGCAACAGCAGCUUGCAGCAGCAGCAGGAGCAACAGCACAGAUAGGCUGCAGAAACACAUCCCCGUCCUGCAGUGUGUUUCAUUCCUUAAAGCUAAUAUUGGAGGCCUUCAGAAAGGCCUCCUCGAGGCUCAACAGACACUUAAAGAACAAGAAGACCAGGCCCAGUUGUCUACUUUGGAUGAAUCAUAUCUUAGUGCUGCCCUCGAUAAGCUGCGCAGCGACAACUUUCUGAAGGAGACCUUUAGGGCCAGCGAGGUGCAUGUAAUGAUGCAGCAGCUGUCCCUCUUCCCUGCUGCUCAGCAGCUGCCUGUCUUUGACUUGUGGCGUCUCUUGUGUCUCCAUCCCCAGUAUUCCUUGGCGUGUAAAAACACAACGAACAACGGAUGGGACUUCGUGCUGCUCGCCCUGCAGCGCAUCAAGGAGACUUGUGCUACAGCAGCAGAGCAGCAGCAGCAGCAGCAGCAGGUGCAAGGAGCAGCCUGUUGCCGUAUGGGGCUGCUGCAGGCAGCAGCACCAGCAGCAGCUGUGGUUUGUUUUGCUAUGGAUGCUGCUGCCGAAAGUACGGCUGCAGUUGCCGCUCCUUUGGCUGCUGCUGCUUCUGCCGAGCUGCCGUUGUUGGAGCUGAUGCUGGAGUUAAUGGCUUCGGAGACAGAUCCGCAGCUCUUCUACCACACUGUAGUGGGGGUGGGGACCCUCCUCUCUGACAGCGUGACGUUGCAGCAGCUGCAACAGCAGCUGCAGCAGCUGCAGCAGCUGCUGCCACCACUCAAUGAGCGUGUCCAACCCGAUCUUCCCCUUGGCGAAGCAACACAAGAGCUUCUCAACAUGAUAUCUUGA